ACGAAAAAUGAUCAUCUUACGAUAUACCGAGAAAUAAAGGAGCGUCGUGACAAACAAAGGCAUUCUAUCUAUUAAAAAAAAAUCAAUAACCUGCCCACGCUUGGGGUUAGGGUUUUUGCCCUAAUGUAGUGAAUAUACUUCCUGGAAGCCAUUGAACCAACAGGUCCAUAGGGUUUAUUCAAUUCACCACACGGAAGAGAGGCAAGGGGGAAAAACAAAACAACAGGAGUAGAAAGAGGAAUUUUUUUGUCAAGUGAGGAGACAUGGCGGAAGCACUGGUACUGCGCGGCACAAUGGAGGGGCACUCAGAUCACGUGACGGCCAUAGCGACGCCCAUCGACAACUCGGACAUGAUCGUCUCCGCCUCGCGCGACAAAUCCAUCCUACUGUGGCAACUGACCAAAGACACGACCUAUGGCGUGCCAAGGCGUCGCCUCACGGGCCAUUCUCACUUCGUGCAGGACGUGGUGAUCUCGUCGGAUGGGCAGUUCGCACUGUCAGGGUCGUGGGACGGUGAGCUGCGGCUCUGGGAUCUCAACACGGGUCUCACCACCCGGCGCUUCGUGGGACACUCUAAGGAUGUUCUCAGUGUGGCCUUCUCCAUCGACAAUCGUCAGAUUGUGUCUGCCUCUCGUGACCGCACCAUCAAGCUGUGGAACACGCUAGGCGAGUGCAAGUACACCAUCCAGGCCGAUGCUGAUGGACACUCUAACUGGAUCAGUUGCGUACGCUUCAGCCCCUCCGCCACUAACCCCACCAUCGUAUCUGGAUCCUGGGACCGCACCGUUAAGGUCUGGAACCUCACCAACUGCAAGCUUAAGAACACGCUCAUAGGCCACGGUGGCUAUGUGAACACUGUUGCCGUCUCUCCUGACGGUUCACUCUGCGCCAGCGGCGGGAAAGAUGGGGUCACUAUGCUCUGGGACCUUGCCGAGGGCAAGAGGCUUUAUUCGCUCGAUGCAGGGGACAUUAUCUAUGCUCUCUGCUUUAGCCCUAACAGGUAUUGGCUCUGCGCCGCUACGCAGCAGUACGUCAAGAUUUGGGAUCUCGAGAGCAAGAGCGUUGUUGCCGAUCUUCGUCCCGAUUUCAUGCCCACCAAGAAAUCCCAGAUUCCUUAUUGCACAAGUUUGAGCUGGAGUGCAGAUGGAAGUACAUUGUUCACUGGUUACACAGAUGGAAAAAUCAGGGUCUGGGGAAUUGGACAUAUUUGAAUUCAAAUCAGUAGUUGAAUUGUAUGCAAGCUUGAACAUCUGUGACAGAUUUUUUUUAAGCUCAAAUUGUUUUUGCUUUUGAAUUUUGUUAGCUGUACUAGAGUUUUCUCUGAUAUGCAAUGAGGGAUGUAAAAUGAAAGCACUCCAAACUAAAGAUGAGUAAUGUACAACUCAGAAUAGGCAUGUUAACCUUUGUAAUCAAAAUUAGAUGUUUUCAAGUCUGUUCGAUAAUUUUAAAAGUUCUGAGGUCCUCUAAUAUAACAUGGUUCUUCAAGGAUUUGAUUUUUAUCCUGAAAAGGCCAUGAAUUUUCCAACAAAAUGCAAAAUAAUGAUUGAAUCUCCA